UUUGAUAACUACAUGCAGCAGGAUGCACAUGAAUUCUUAAAUUAUCUAUUAAAUACAAUUGCGGAUAUCUUGCAAGAAGAAAGAAAACAAGAGAAACAAAAUGGUCGCCUACCUAACGGGAACAUUGACAAUGAAAAGAACAGCCCGCCAGACCCUACCUGGGUUCAUGAAAUCUUUCAGGGAACUUUAACUAAUGAAACCAGAUGUCUUACGUGCGAAACUAUAAGCAGCAAAGAUGAAGACUUCUUAGACCUUUCAGUUGAUGUGGAGCAGAAUACUUCAAUCACACAUUGUUUAAGGGGUUUCAGCAAUACAGAAACUCUGUGCAGUGAAUACAAAUAUUACUGUGAAGAAUGUCGCAGUAAGCAAGAAGCACAUAAAAGGAUGAAAGUAAAAAAGCUGCCUAUGAUUCUAGCUCUCCAUUUGAAGAGAUUUAAGUACAUGGAUCAGCUGCAUCGAUACACAAAACUCUCUUAUAGAGUAGUUUUUCCUUUAGAGCUUCGUUUAUUUAACACUUCAGGAGAUGCCACAAAUCCUGACAGAAUGUAUGACCUUGUUGCUGUGGUAGUUCAUUGUGGAAGUGGCCCUAACAGAGGACAUUAUAUUGCAAUAGUGAAGAGUCAUGAUUUUUGGUUGCUUUUUGAUGAUGAUAUUGUUGAGAAAAUUGAUGCACAAGCUAUUGAAGAAUUCUACGGGUUGACAUCAGAUAUCUCAAAGAACUCUGAAUCUGGUUACAUCCUCUUCUAUCAGUCUCGUGAUUGAGGGGGAACUGUGGUGAAGAGAUUUUUAUGCCUCACAUCUUUUCUAUCUUGGAAUGAAGCAAGCACUGAAGAAAAAAGGAAAGCAGGGAGGAGCUCCAGGGGCAGUAGCACAGUUUGCACACAACUAAGCAAAGAGUUUGGGAUUCUUAAAACCUUUGUAUCAUUUUCAUUUUAUUUCCUCAGGUAUCAUGCUGACUACACAUCUCCACUGCAUCCCAUAAGCAAAAAGAGAGAUACCAGCCACUCUUGCAGGAGCUUUCUGUUAGGUAAUACUAUCUCUGUGGUCCUAAUUCAAAGCCCUUUAAGAUCACUGGAGCACCUUUCAUGGACUUCGGUGAAUUUGAAUCAGGUUCUAACUGCACUGCCAGAUUGGUGUAACAGGAGCAUUAGAAAUCUGUAUUUUAUACAGACUUCGUGUAUAAAAGGUAAAGGACUCUUUGUGAACUUAGUUUCCUGUGCUUAAGUUUAGAAGAAUUAGGUUGAAAGGGUUAACAUAUAAGCAAGAAGAUAUAUCUGGGCCCAACACAAUUGCCUUCUUGAUGGUAGUAGUUUAGCUGAA